AUGUCUGAUGCUCGGAUAUUUGGCGACUCUGAGCUUUUCAACGGCCUGGAAGAGGAAGCCCUAGGACUCCCCACACCCAGCCCUCUGACUGCAAGCCCUGAUGACCUCCAAGACAUCCCCUUCUUAAUCCUGGGGGAUAAAGCCUUCGCCUUCAGGAACUACCUAAUGAAGCCAUACGGCAGAAGAGGGAUGGUCAGGGAGAAGAGGAUUUUCAAAUAUAGACUCUCAAGGGGAGGAGAAUGGUGUAAAAUGUGUCUCGGGUGUCUCCUCAGGACUCUAGAGCAGAAGCCCAACGCUUUGAAUGAUAUGGUUGAGGCGCAGUGGUUCUGCGCAACCUACUGA